AUGAAGAGGUCAUCGCAUCCCAAGAUGUCGACCGCCAGGUCUAAAGUGAUGAACAUGUGGUCCGCCGGUGAUGUGACCGCCGAAGCCAUACCACCGCCACCACUGGUGCCCAAGAUGUCGGUCUCACAGCCGUCUCCGCCACUGAUCAGCACUACUCACUCAUCGAUCGUUACCGCCGCUGAAGAUAUACCCAAAGAGCCGCCAAAGAGCGACCAAUCGGUGCCACAAAUGCCCGCUUUGGUGCCACCGCAACACGUGAUGACUCAUUCAAUAAAUGGCACACAAAGUGACACCAAAUCAGACAAUGUUUCGGUGAAAAGUGUGGACACGAAAGUGAAAGACAUUUCGGGUAAAGCGGUGCCAAAGAUGAGAUCCAAAGGGUUUAAGGCUCGCAAUGGUUUGCCGUCAAACGUAAAGGUGAUCAAAACCCGGACGCGACCCGUUCUCGUCAAGGGAUUCGCCCAACAAAAGGGUUUUCUUGAUUUUGUCGGCAGAUCUUAUGUUUUGGUCAAAGAAGGCGUUCCCUUCAUUCAGGACCGAUCGUGCAAACAGUUGACCUCCGAUAACAACAACACCCCUUCCGCUACGGCCUCCACCGCCGCCGCUGUCGUCGACGCCAACACCACAACCACUGUUCACAACACAAUCACUCAUUGCAUGGAUUGUAACGACAAGAAGGCACAGACACAGGCGUGUCGUUUCUUUCAGUACCGAACGCUCGUCAAAAGCAACGGCCAGUUGUCUGUCUACGCGUUCGCCGAAGAGGACAACGCCACUCACGACGACUGCAAACUGUGGCUCCCAUACCAACAGACGAGUGUCCAACCGAUGACCGAAACGGAGGCCCGAUAUCUGUUGACUUUCGUUGGCGAACAGUUCUGCCAAAUCUAUGGCGAAGAGCAACGCGUGUUCGCGAACUACGAGUCCAUAACGUGGAAACGGCCCGUCAAAGGGAUCCGCGAGUUGUGCGACAUUUGCCAGACAACUAUCUUCAACACGCAUUACGUGUGUCCGAACUGCGGUCUCGCCAUUUGUGUCGACUGUCACGACGUGCGCAAAGAGAGCGAAGUGUCGGCCAAUCCGGCCAUUCAUUUGAACCGCAAAACACACGACGAGUUCGGCUGGAGUUUGUGUCACGACAAGCAAAAGCACGACACAAAUGGCUUGCAUUUGGCGCUCUUCAUCACGAAAGCCACGUUUGACUUCAUUGACCGCACGUCACAUACCAUCAGAAAUAAUCGCCGCAUUUCGGGCGUCUGUGGAUGUAAUCAAUUGGAUCCCACACUCAACAUGAAUAUCAGGGAUCAGUGCAAAGACCUCGACCUCAUUACCUUCUAUCCACAUGUGCCGCGACAGUGGUAUUGCAACGACCGACUGCUUGUACUCACGGAACCCAAAAAUUUUCACAAUUUAAGUUAUUUUCAAAUCGCUUGGUUAAGAGGUUUUGCCGUUAUGAUUCAAAACGUCAACUUAUGUAUGAAACCCGAUCUCUGGGAACCGCAAAAGUUCAAUAAGUCAUUUGGCCGACAAUCGAGUUAUUUAGUGAAUUGCAUGAACGGCUCAACAGUACCGAAACGACCGAUGAGUGACUUUUGGGACGGUUUCGAAGACAUUGAUAAACGCAUUAAAGACGACGAGACCGGAGAGGAAAUGAUAUUAAAACUGAAGGACUGGCCGCCAAACGCCGAGUUCAGAGAUAUACUGCCGCUUUGGUUCGAUGAUCUGAUGGAUGCGCUGCCACUUCCAGAGUACACCAAAUACAACGGUUCCCGCAAUUUGGCGGCACGUCUUCCCGACUUCUUUGUUCGGCCAGAUUUGGGCCCUAAGAUGUACUGCGCGUACGGAUCGGUUCUGCACGCAGACAAAGGCACCACUAAUUUGCAUCUGGAUAUGAGUGACGCCAUCAAUGUUAUGGUUUACGUCGGAGUCGCACAAAAGGACGGCCAACCACUGGAAUCGCACCUUAAAUACGCCGACGACACGCUCCGGAAGGGCGGAUGCGAUGAGCAAAUGAUGCAAAGGGCCGACAAGAAUGGCCUUAAAGUGGGCGCUCUGUGGCAUAUAUGGCGCGCAGAAGACGCCGACAAAAUGCGUCAAUUCAUCAGAAAAGUGGCGAAAGAGAGACACAAGAAGAGUGAUUUGACGAGUGAUCCGAUUCACGACCAGAGCUGGUAUUUAGACGAACCGUUGCGCCGACGCCUGGAGACCGAGUACAACGUGAAAGGUAUGGCAAUCGCUCAGUGUUUGGGCGACGCUAUUCUGGUGCCGGCGGGCGCUCCACAUCAGGUGCAGAACAUCCACUCUUGUAUUAAAGUCGCGGGAGAGUUCGUCUCACCCGAGAAUGUGGGCCAUUGUGUGGCACUCACUCAGGAGUUCCGCAAACUGUCCAAACGGCACACCAAUCACGAGGACAAACUGCAGAUCAAAAAUAUCAUUUAUCACACCAUUAAAGACAGUCUCUCGACUCUAAUGAAUCCCAACGGCCCUCCGAUGCCGUCAAUGGCUCAGUCGCCCUCCAAAGUGCUUCCAAACGGCUGUCGUCCUCACAAUGGAAACGUCCGAAACGGUUCCGAUUUAUGCAAAUCAUUGCCGCCUCAGACCACUCCAGUGCCAACUCCCGCAUCAUUCCUGACGCCUCCCAAUAGCGUCGAGAAGUCGUCGAUUAAUGAAAUGAAUGGCCAGAAGCUCAGUGACAGCGCAGCCAUUACUAGUGGUCACACAAUAAUGAAGAUCGAAACGAGUGAUGAGUCGUCGCGUGAAUUGUCAAACGAUUGCGAGAUGACUGACUCGGAAGCGGCCAAAACUAUGGCUGAAUUGUUGCCGCCAUUACUCACUCACAUCAACAACAAUACAAUGGAUGAACAAAAGGUCGAUUUGUCUGAUUCGCCGCCCAUUCUUGAGCCCUAUUCAACAUGUGAUGACAUAAAAGCCGAAUCAAUGGCUACCGAUUGACUGUAUUAUUAGUUAACUAUUCAAUGAUUUAGAAGAAAAAUUUAACAUAUUAUGUGUUUUUACCAUUAUUUCAAUGCA